AUGGUCGGUUUGCCCAAAGGUCCCUUGCCGGGCCACAAGCGCAAGAAGAGCUCCAACAGCAGCAGCAGCGCAAAGCCUGAGAAUGUGAAGCGGGCACACCAGGCAGAGAAGCGCAACAGGUCGAAUGCACCUCGACACGGUGGGACAAGAGGUGCGGGCGGAGGAGCAGGCAAGGAGAUUCGUCGUGGAACAGACUUGGUGCACGAGCACAACCUUGCGAAGCUCGUAGGUCGUAUCGAAGAUUCGAGCAAAGAGAAGGGCGCAUCGCCAAUGCGCGAGCAGGGCAAGAAGCGCAAAAAGAGCUUUCCGGAGAGCAUGGGCGCUUCUCACUUGGCCCAGUUGGGCUUGGACAUUGCAAAGCUGGCAGAGGCAAAGGAGGAAGCGAGGUUGAGGAAGAACAAGGAGAGCGCAGCUUUCAAAAAGGAGAAGAGGAGGAGGAGAAGGAGCAGCGAUGGGCGUGAUGUUGGCAGUCAAGGUGGGCGGAUCGCACCUCCUCCGACUGGCAAGAAAGGCAAUGCAGAGGAGUGCGUGGGAGAUCACAAAGAUGCAUCGCUUGCAUCACCACCAAACGCCAUCAUCUUGUCCAAGACAGCGACUAAGCGCAACCUGAUCGAGGAACAGAGAGCAAAAGCCAGAGCUAGAAAGGCGGCCAGAAGGACCAACGCUGCUCUGGCCCAGCGCGCGACCCACACCGCAGACUCGACGAGAUCGUCAGAGCAGUCGGAGACGGACAAUGCACUGCCAAGCUCUGCAAAAGCGCAGCUACGAAAGCGAAAGAGCGUCUCUUUUGCUUAG